AUGGAGACUCUGGAAAAGUACUUUGGAGGAGAGCCAGGAGGAUACUUCUACAGAGAGAAGACAUUUGUAGGGACAGAUGAAGAAUAUCUGGAGGCAAAGAAAAACUCGUCUACUAUUUUUGUAUCCAAUGUCCCCACGAACGUACGGGAGGAACGAAUAUGGGAGCUAUUUUUGCUGUGUGGGGCUGUAAAAAGGGUUAUAAUGGGGUUGAAUAGAAACACACUUAGAUUCUGUGGAUUCUGCUUUGUCGAGUUCUAUGAGGUCUGUUCUGCAGAUAUGGCUGUCCGAUACAUAAACGGGUUCCGGAUCGACCAGGUCCCAUUGACAAUCGACAAGGACUAUGGGUUUGUGGAGGGAAGACAGUAUGGAAGAGGAGUGUUUGGAGGACGGGUCAAAGCAGACAAGAUGUAUCUUGAAGAUAAACAUCAAAGGGAUGGUGUUAAGAGAAGAAGACAAGGUAGAUUCCUGCGGUAA